UCAUUGGCUAGACAAGAGCAGUGAAGAGAUAAAAUUCUUGUCACAUAUCUUGGCAUAAUUGGUUAGGUAGGCCACGUUCGACUGUCGUGGUGCAUUGCUGUACCAUUCCCUACGAUUCAACUAUUUUUGAAGUGUCCGAAGGAUAAAAUUUUGUAUUGCAAAUUAAGAACGCAAUAAAUUUUUCAUCAUGACAAACAAGAUCAAGGUAGGAAUAAUAGGAGGUUCAGGUUUGGGUAACUUUAUGGAAGAAACAUUGGACCGUAGCAGCGUCUCACAUCGAGAAGACGUAGAAAAUGCAUUCGGACGUCCUACUAGUAAUCUUUAUCAUGGAAAAAUAAACGGAACGGAUGUAGUGUUGUUAUCCAGGCAUGGCAAAGGACACACGAUAAGUCCUACUGCGGUCAAUUACCGUGCUAAUAUAGAGGCAUUGCGACUUGCUGGAUGUACCCAUAUAUUGGCAUCUACAGCAUGUGGAUCGUUGACAGAAUCCAUUGGCAGGGGACAAUUAGUUAUACCUGAUAGCUUUCUGGACAGAACCAAUUCUAGAAAAGGCACAUUCUACGAUGGAACUUCUGACAAAUACAAAGGAGUAUGCCACAUGCCAAUGGAGCCUGCUUUUGACCCACGAACAUCGGAAGUCUUGUUACAAGCUGCAAAGAAAUUAGGACACAACAUGCAGAAAGGUGGAACAAUAGUAACUAUUGAAGGACCACGCUUCUCUUCUAAAGGAGAGAGCAAGGCGUUUCGUCUUUGGGGUGGACAUUUAGUCAACAUGACUACGUGCCCAGAGGUGUGUUUAGCGAAAGAGGCGGGUAUUUUGUACGCAGCUCUAGCAGUAUCAACGGAUUAUGAUUGUUGGAGAGACAAUGACGAUAAUGUUAACGCUGCUGAUGUUAUAGUUGUAUUUAAACAGAAUGUUGCUAAGGUAUGGGAGGUGUUACGAGAAGCAGUAAAGAUAAUUGGUUCUGAAGAUUGGGAGCAAGAUAUCUCUAAAAUGAAGGCAGUAAUCCAGAACAGUAAAGUGUCAAGCAGCUAGUAUCGUGCAUGAUGGAGAGUACGAUAUAAAAUUUUCACGUAAAUGGAAUG